AUGUCAGAUUGGUUAUCCACAUUUCCUGGCUACCGACAGGCGCUAACUACGGCUAAGCGGGCAUUUGGGAGAUUCAUCCAGACAGGGCCCACGCCGAAACACGUAGGAAUCAUCAUGGAUGGUAACAGAAGAUAUGCCAAAAAUCACAAGAUAGAGAUCAAAGAGGGGCACAAUCUUGGAUUCGACAGCAUGGCCAAUGUGCUCGAGAUUUUGUAUGAAUCUGGUGUCAAGUGUGCUAGUGUCUACGCAUUUUCCAUUGAAAACUUCCGUAGACUGAGCUUAGAAGUCAAGUGGUUGAUGGACUUGGCCAAGCUGAAGUUCCAACAGAUCAACCAGCAUAGCGACUUGUGCGCUGAAUACGGCAUCCGCAUCAAGAUAAUAGGUAAUAAGAAGUUGAUACCACCAGACGUUGCUAAAAUUCUACAACAAACAGAGGAGAUUACUAAGGACAACAAGAGAGCAUUGUUGAAUAUCUGUUUCCCAUAUACCUCUAGAGACGAGAUGACAAAUCUGAUCAAAUGUGCCGUAGACCAGUCCACAAUAGAUCACGACUUUGUAAUAGAUGAGGACACUCUCGAAAGCUUAUUCUACACCCAUGAUGCGCCUCCUUUAGACUUAUUGGUGAGAACAUCUGGUACCUUCAGAUUAUCUGAUUUCUUAUUGUGGCAGUGCGUUUCGCCAGACUGUUCAAUCGUAUUUGUAGAUAAAUUGUGGCCCGCUUUCACUCCCUUCGACAUGGCCAAGAUUUUGUUCAACUGGGGAUUCAACAUGUACUGGUAUGGCAAAGGCAAUGGCUACAGCACAACCCAAAUCUCUACCAAGAACUUUAAUCUAGCCGAGUACGACUCUAAUGUAGACUUGAAUGAUGCUACUGGAUCUAGUGGAUUUCAACGUUUCGCCAGCUCAGAAAGCGAAGAGGCCGAAGAUGAAGAUGAUGUCGUCACUGAAGAAAGUAGUCAAUCUGGUGGAGUCGAUGAACUCGACACUGUUACUUCAGAAGAGGAAUCCGACUCGAACAAAAAGGGAAGGUAG